AUGAGUCGUGGAUCUAAUACUAAACUAACAUUAACUGAAAUCAAAAGACAAUCAAAAUCAUUUGAAGCCCUUCAACAAGGUAUGCUAUUUGCACUUCUAAGUAAUUAUGGAUAUGGAUUUCGAUUAAAAAGACCAGAACGUAUGGCUAAAAAGACACUCCAAUAUCUUACAAUUAACGAAGUAUAUUAUAAUGGACUUCCUUUACGAUUUGGAUACUCUAUUGAAGAUUUUUGUGAAAGAAAAUAUCAAAUGGAACAACGAACAGAAAUGACAACAAAACAGAAUGGAAUUUCUUUUGGAAAAAGAAAAACUAAACAAGCAAAGAAAACAAUUCAAUUAGAAAAAAUAAAAGCAGUUGUAUUACCAAAUAAUUUAGGUUCUUAUUCCAGAGAACAAAUUAAUAAAAUUGGUAAAGCAGUACAAAAACAUAUUUGUAGUUUAUUUGAUAAAAAAGAAAAAUUACUUACUAUCACUCCUUAUCAUCAAUUCUUUAUUAAUGCCCUUAAUUUAAAUGUUCAACAACCAUCUACAUCUACAUCUUUUGGUUCACCAAAAACACAAAUCGUUCAUGAACCUGUUAGUGUUAAACCUGAUUCUUUUGUUCUUAAGUUAGACUAUGAUCCUAUCUACCAAGAUCCUUCUUUUGUCUAUACUUACGAUUAUUAA